GUGUGAAUUACUCUCUGUCCUACUGGUUUUCUGUGUAGUUGUACUUUGAUUAGGUUCAAUAAAAGCAUUUCUGAAGCUGUACCUCAACCAAUUAAAAACAAGUUCUUAAAUUCAGCUCCAGCAUGACAACUCUUAACUGCAUGAUCCUUACUUCCCAGACUGUCCAAUUUUAACACACUUCUGUGAUUUGACAGUCUUCUUCUCCCCAGUCUUCCCCUCCAUGAAAAAUAUAUACAUUUACAAGGAACCCUCUCCACUCCUGCAGUGGGCCAGUUACAGAAGUGUUACUGAUGGACCUAAAGGUACUAUGUGGUAGUUCCAGGGGUAACGUAAAUUCAGGUGGCUGAUUGCAGACCAAUAGAAUAUGGCUGGGCAAAUAUCAGAAUCUGAUCAGAUCAAACAGUUCAAGGAGUUUCUUGGGACAUACAAUAAACUUACAGAAACCUGUUUCCUGGAUUGUGUGAAAGAUUUCACUAGCAGGGAGGUUAAAUCAGAAGAGAUGACGUGCUCAGAACACUGCCUACAGAAAUAUUUAAAAAUGACGCAGAGGAUAUCCAUGAGAUUUCAGGAGUAUCAUAUUCAGCAGAAUGAAGCUCUAGCUGCCAAAGCAGGACUUCUUGGGCAACCUCGUUAAACAAAAGAGAAUUCUAUUCCAACCUUGCUUUAAAGCAGUGCCAAUGUUUGCUGGAUUACAAGUGGAGGUGUUCUGUUGUGGGUGUGUCCACCAGCUCACAGCAGAGUUUCAGAGACCGUUUGGCACGUGGAAACCAUUGGGGAAACAAUUAUGGACUCUACCAAGAGUUGGUAAUCGCCUGCUGGCGAACAGAGUCAAUUUCUGUGGUCCUUUUUUACUGUGCAAUGGAAUAAUGUUGAUACAACCAUUUCUAGAGGCCUGCAGACUGGUUAUGCUGGUUACUACGUUGGGGGCAAGGGAGGGAGAGGACCAUUUUUUUGUUUCUUCCACUACGACUAUUAAUUUUAAUGCAAAAAGUGCUGUACAGAAAUAUAUACAAAAAUGUCUUCAAAAUGUUUUUAUUUAAUCAAAGUACAAUAAAUGGAAACUGUUCAGUUU